UUUUCACCGUUGCAAUCUGUCAUUGUCGAUGCCACGAUUUCUGCGUGGGUGGCGACGGAUCAGCCUCUGUUUCUGAAGCCACCAAAAUAAUGCGAGUCCUUUCCGUCUACUACCAGUAGCUAGUACCCAGCUAGUGUGGGCACAAAACAACUGUGUGCAGUACCUCCUCGACUCAUACUAGAAAGUCUUCGCCAUCAUUAGCAAAUCAUUCUGACCAUGAUAUUGGCAACACGGGGAGCUCUUCUUCAAGUGGCAGCUACCGGCAAAAAGGGCCUGACUACCACUGCCAGUCGCAGCUUUGUGACAGCAAGGGUAGCCCAGCGUCUGACAUCCCAAGUAACCGUUUGGCGUUUGGCCGGAAGCGCUGUUGUGUUGGUGGGAGGUGUUGGUGUGACUUCUGCUACAGGAAUUGCUGGGAGCGUUAAAAAAGAUAAUGGUGCUACCAACUUCGUUCAAGUGACAUCUUUAUUGUCCUUGUGGUCGCUACCAGCCGAUACCAAAAAGGAAGAGGAAGAAGUUGGCAAUACGGAUCAAUCUACUGAGGACAUUGAUGAGGGAGAUGAAUUGGAUUCUACUGGUGUUUUUUUGGCAACUUCAGCUAUCAAUGACAAUGGUGGAUCUCUCUGGAAUCGUCUGUUUGGAGGUAGCAAUGACGAUGGCGGAGGCAAAAGCAAAGAAGAAGAAGAAAGCAAUGAAGAAACAGAAACUUGUCAAUCAGGGCCUGGAAAACGUGUUCUAGUUAAUCUGGACGAAGAAUUAGUCCAGGGCUUGCCAGAAAUGUCCUUGGCUGAGGUUCAGAAAUGCACCAACAGCGACAAAAUGCUCGUCACUUACGAAGGCAUUGUCUACGAUGUCACGCAAUUUGUGAAUGAUCAUCCUGGUGGGGCCGAAAUGAUCAAGACGGCGGCUGGAUUGGAUUUGGAUCAUUUCUUUGGCAAUUUCACUGUUCAUGGACAAACUGACAAGGCCGCUCAAUGGUUGGCACCCUUGGCAGUUGGCAAGCUUACGCCAGAAGAAGCCAUUGUAGCUCGUGAUUCCACCACCCCGGAAGUGCAUAUUAGACGAAGGGCCAAAAUGUUGCGGGAAACUCGAAAACGCAUCGUGGUGGUGGCAGCAACUUUGCCCUUUUGGAUGUCACUAAGACAGAUGAUUUCUUGGAUUGGUUGGUUUAUUCCACCCUUGGGACGCCUCUUGGCUCGGGCCAUGCCUGUGACAGUGCCUGGAUUCACCAAUGGAUCGGAACCACUCAAGAUUUCUUCUCAAGAUGAAGCGGUUCCCAAGGUGGCUAUCAUUGGAGGAGGCAUUGCUGGAUGCAGUGCUGCUUGGGCGUUGACUCAGUCCGGUUAUCAAGUCAUCCUUUAUGAAGCACGCGAACAGAUUAGUGGCAAUGCCAAGACGUUCGAAUGGGACUUCUCACCCUUCCGGAAUGAAGAUACGAUUGUUGACACCUGUGUCUCUGUUACUGCAUGGCCACCCAUUUACUACAAAAACUACACUUGCAUGUUAGACCAGCUCGGAGUUGAGACAGUCCAUCAACCCCUUAGUUGGCUCUUGAAUUCCAAGGUGCCUGGAUAUGAAGGUCAGCUUUGGGAAUGUGACCCCGAGGUCUACCCUGGGUCUUUGCGAGAGAUUUUCAAGGGUGAUUUUGCCAGGUACCAUGCUGUGGUUGAAUUCUCCCGUCGAGUGACACAGUUAUUUACUUUGAGAUGGGCCCCCUGGCGGUGGAAUGACCUGCCUUCCAUGUAUGAUGCCCAUCAAGGACUGGGACUGUUGAAUCCGCUAACUGUCGUACCACUCUAUUCACUCUACAAGUGGAUUGGAGGAAGUGAUGCUUGGUGGAACAUUGUCUUUACACCUCAAUACACUGCCAGUGUCUUGGUCGAUGAACUCCGUCCUUUCCCUGCAGUCUUUGGACCAAUUAUCGAAGACCAGAUCCCACUAAACCCUACGCCCGCGAAUACAUGGAAAGGACCAUCGGUGCGGUCACCCAACGAUUGCAAUAUCACCAGCUGCGUUACCUGGAAAGAUGCUGGCAAAGGACUUCGUCAGGUGUUUAGCUUGCUGGUUGAAAAUGUAGACCUCAAGGAAAAGACUCGAGUCCGUGAAGUCAAAGUGCUGCCCAAUGGCAAGAAACGAGUCUAUGACGAAUUUGACAAUUACGUUGACGUCGAUCGUGUCAUUUUUGCCUGUGCUUCCAAUGCCGUGGGCAACAUCUACAAGGAUCACUCCAAAUUGACCUUUGCCGACACCAUCUUGUCUACACCAGUCUACGCUGAUGAUCACCAUCCCUCCACUGGACACAUGCAUGCGGUUGUGCAUUCGGAUGGCUCUGUGAUUCCGCAGGAAUACCGUGAGGAAGCCCUCAAGCGGGCAUCUAAUUAUGUUGAGGUCACACAGCGGCCCGAUGGGAGCAUCAAUAUCGAGAACCAGUACAACUUUGGAGUCCAAACACACGAAGUAUAUCAUUUGCCUCUAGACCAAAAGCCCGUCAUGUUGAUUGGCCAUGCCAUGGGUGAAGGCAAGUCCUAUGAUCCCGCACUGAUUCGAGGCACCGGUAAUCAUGCUCGUGCCCAUCCCCUCUAUUCGGGAUGGAAUGUGAUGGCCCAGCUCAGUCUGCGUUUGAUCCAAGGACGUGACGGAAUUUACUAUUGUUCCAACUGGACAACGCCCGGGAACUGCCAUGACAUGUCCCUCCUCUCAGGUUUUAUUUGUGCACAUGCCAUUGGAGCCAAGUAUCCCUUUGAACAGAACAAGGAAGCACGAAAGGACUUUCAUCGAAUGAGGGAUCUUAUGGGGUUCUGAGUUCUUCGAAUCAAUCGCUCUUUUUAGCUCCAAUUUAGGAUAUCUUUGAUACGACUUGCAGAUCGUCUUCCUUGUCGUUUUCCUUGUCAACACAACCGAAGUUCAUACUUGCUACCGCAGUAUUUGGUUCGUGUUGGUGGGCUUGUUAUUAGCAGUCUAGCCUUGGGAGCUUCGAAACAAGGUUGCUCGAGGGAGAUAACAGCAUAGCAGGCUUAUUUAUGUAGGACUUAACCGAUUUCGAUUUCAAACGCGCUUUCAAUUUUAAACUUUAAAAUGCGGUUCUUCCCCUGAACAUUAAAGAUUCAAUUCAUUUCAAACGCGCUUUGAAUUUCAGAAAGUUCCUCUUCGCCGUUCCAAACAAGCCUUCAAUAUGGCUCACAAAUUACUCUAGCUAGUAAUUUUAAAAUUGCUUCAGAUUGAUCAUUCGAUUCGAUUCAUAUUCAACAAAGCCAUCAACGCACCGUACAACCCAUCAUCCAAGCCAAUACCAAUCAUAUCGACCAAGUCUGCCGUCGCGGAGAAGGAAACCACUACCGAAAUGCAAACCCCGGAGAAGAAGAUCAUGUCGACCAGCUCUGCCGUCGCGGAGAAGGAAACCACUGCCGAGGAGCAAAUCCCGAAGAAGAUGAUCAUGU